UGCUGAUAAGAGUCCAGCAUGCACAGGAUGACUGUGAUAUUGGGUCCUGCCACCCGGCUGUUGGGGACCUCCUCUUGGGUCGCAGCAAGCAGUUAACAGCCUCGUCAACCUGUGGGAUGAACAGCCCCCAGAAGUAUUGCAUUGUGGGCUACCUAGAGGCAGAACAGAAGUGCUUUCUCUGUGAUUCUAGAUACCCGUAUAAUCCCUAUACACAGCACAACAGUCACAUGGUUGAAAAUGUUAUCACAACUUUUGAGCCUGAUAGGAAAAAGAAGUGGUGGCAGUCAGAAAAUGGCAUUGACCAUGUCAGCAUUAGAUUGGACCUAGAAACUUUAUUCCAGUUCAGCCAUCUUAUCCUGACUUUUAAGACAUUUCGGCCUGCAGCAAUGCUGGUUGAGCGCUCCACCAACUUUGGUCAGACCUGGAAAGCGUUCAGAUAUUUUGCACAGGACUGUGCAGCUUCUUUUCCCAACAUCCCUUCUGGCCCAGCAAAGAGUGUGGGAGACGUCAUUUGUGAUUCAAGAUAUUCAGAUAUCGAGCCCUCCACUGAAGGCGAGGUUGUUUUAAAAGCUUUGGAUCCCAGCUUUGAAAUAGAAGAUCCAUAUAUGCCAUAUAUCCAAGAGCUCAUUACAUUGACAAACCUAAGGAUCAAUUUUACUAAACUCCACACCCUUGGGGAUGCUCUUCUUGGAACAAGGCACAGUGAUCCCCUUGAGAAGUACUACUACGCUGUCUAUGAGAUGGUUGUGCGAGGCAGCUGCUUUUGCAAUGGCCAUGCCAGCCACUGUGGUCCUGUGCAGAGCCUGCGGGGAGAUGUUUUCCAUCACUCUGGCAUGGUCCACGGGAGGUGUAUCUGCCACCAUAACACGGAAGGUUUGUCUUGUGAGAGAUGUAAAGAUUUCUACAAUGAUGCUCCCUGGAGGCCAGCUGAAGGGACACAAGAUAAUGCUUGCAAACGGUGUAACUGCAAUGGCCACUCCAGCAGAUGCCGCUUUGACAUGGCUGUGUACCAGGCCAGUGGUGGGGUCAGCGGUGGUGUUUGUGAGGACUGUCAGGACAACACCAUGGGGCAACACUGUGACCAGUGCAAACGUUUCUUUUACCAGGAUCCACUAAAAGUCAUCUCAGACCCUCAGGCAUGCCUCCCCUGCAACUGUGACCCAGAAGGUACCUUGGACAACGGCGCGUGCGAGAGCCACACGGACCCUGCGCAGGGAAAGGUGGCAGGCCGGUGCCCUUGCAAGGAGAACGUGGAGGGUGUCCGCUGCGACAAGUGCAGGGCAAACUACUACGGGCUGAGCGCCAGCGACCCUCUGGGCUGCCAGC